AUGCAACCAGGAAAUCUACGACCACCGGCACCAUCUUUUCGUCCACCUAAAAAGAGUUCAGUAGUUGACAAGGUGAAAAAUAUUGCUGGUAAUUCUCUUCCUUUACCUACACAUCCAGCACACAACUCUUCUAAUGAGAUUAAUGAUCAACAAUUAAAGAGAGCAAAAGCAACUUGGACUGAUCAAUCCACUAAGAUAUAUUGUGAGGUAUGUGCUGAAGAGGUGACUGCAGGGAAUAGACCACACACUCAUUUUAACAAAAUUGGUUGGAGUAAUGUGAUUAAAAAGUUCUAUGAACGAACCGGAAAGAAAUUUGAUCAAAAGCAAUUGAAAAACAAGUGGGAGAAGUUGAAAAUUGAGUAUACUGCAUGGAAGAAUGUAGUUGACAAAGAAGCUGGAUUAGGAUGGAAUCAUGAGCGAAACACAAUCGAUGCACCAGACGAUUGGUGGGAAAAACAUGUUAAUCCCAUUGUUGCAAAGUUUCGAUAUGGUGGCAUACAAAUUUAA